AUGAUAUUGUUUUUAAAAUACGAAGAUCUUAAGGAAGACAUCAGAUCUCAGCUGAAACGCUUGGCUAUGUUCUUAGGGGCUCCAUUCACUGAGCAUGAAGAGAUGAAAGGAGCUGUAGAAGAAAUAACCAAGAUUUGUAGCUUUGAGAACUUGAAAGACCUGCAAGUGAACAAGAAGGGCUUACAUGUUUCUGGGAUCCCACACACAGAAUUUUUCAGGAAAGGGAAUGUGGGAGACUGGGGAAACUAUCUCACACCUUCCAUGGUUGGACGCUUGGGGAAGCUUAUUCAAGAGAAAUUGGAUGACUCAGGUUUAACAUUUAAACUCUCCUCCAAAACUUUAGAGGAUAAUAUUGCUUCUCCCCGAUCAUCUGUCAUUUUUUUAGCUUUGGUAUUUGCAUCUUAA